CUUUGGUAGAGGUAACGUAAAAGUACGCAGCGGGAAGCACCGAACCAUCGCCUGGAACCACCAGCUGGAACGAGCCCCAGUCGCAGUCGCAUUUCGCAGUCACGGACCUGGGACCUUGACGUGACCACUCACACGAUAACAAUAUCUUUUUUCUUUUCUUCCCUCUGCACCGUCCCUGGAGACGACCACCAACAACGACGCAGCAACAACACACUUCGAUGAUUGCGCCUGUUCAUAUUUGAACGCGCUUAACCAAGCGACCUAUCGACAACCAUCUCACAUUCGUCGCGACGUCACCACAGUCAGCCCGGUGCUGAUAAGAGCCUGCAACCAUGAAGGACACAAACGGCUCGAUGAACGGAGGUCCCAAAGGCCCCGUCCCUACUCUCGAUGGCCUCAGCAGCAUCAAUGGCUACUCCAAGAAGGGUGUCAACAGUAUUAACGGCAUCAAUGGCAUCAACGGCCCCAUCAAGCCCACCCUCAGCCACUCGGCCAGCCCCAGAGUCACACCAAGACAACGCCCACGCAGUCGGCCUGGUGUGAUAGCUAGGACGUUCAAUGUUGUAGCUAGACUCGUGACCUGGUACACUAUCCUCACCAUCCUCUUCCGCUGCCCCGCCUCGCUCAAGGAUUGCGACAAGUCUUCUCCCCGCAUUUGCAAGACAUACUUUGAGGUCAAGCAGACCGUUUUGCCGCAUGUCGAACCAUACUAUACCGCCUACGCCGCUCCCUACGUCAACCGCUACUACCAUGUCGUCGAUCAAAAGGCCAUUGCUCCCGCCUUGGCAUAUGCGCAACCCAGAAUCCAAAAGGCCCAGGCCUACACCAAGACCCAUUGGCAAAAGACCCUUCAGCCCCAGCUUGUCAAGUACCAGAAGCUUGCAAAGACCCGUUACGAACAGAGCGUUGGUCCCCAUGUCAAGCAGCUUUCCACUGCCGCCGGUCCGUACUAUGAGAUUGCGCGCACCAACGCCCUCCAGACCUACCAUGACGUUGUCGUGCCCUCGUACCACUUCGUCGAACCCUACGCACACAAGGGCUAUAAGGCUGCCUCGGCUUUUGCUGCAAGCACCGUGUUGCCCUCAACCCGUUGGGCCUGGAACAAGACCAACCUGUUCCUCGAUGGAACCGUCAUGCCCCAUUUGAGAGUCAUCUACUCUGAGAAUGUCGAGCCUCAGCUGCUCAAGAUUGGCCAGCGCCUUGGUCGCCAUACCACGAGCAACAAGAAGUCGGUACCCAAGCCCCCUGUGGACUUGUCCUCUAGCAGCAAGACAUCGACUUUUAGCAAGCCCACACCGGCCACUACCGCUGCUUCGACCCCCUCGUCCCACGCCGAGUCCUCAAUCAAGGCCGCUGCCGCUGAAGAACAAAAGGUCUUGAACUCCGAAUCCACAGAGCACAAUGUUCCCGAGAACCGCAUUCCCCCUCCCGAGGUCGAUGAGCAGCUCGAGAAGGAAGAUCCCGCUCGCCGUAGCGCCCGUGAGACUGUCGCUGCCGAUCUUCAGGACUGGCAGGAAAGGUACUCCAAGGCCGCUGACCAGGGCGCCUCCGAGAUCUCGGCCAGAAUCUACGAAAUCACCAAGAAGAUGAUCCGCCGUAACGCCAAGGUUACCGGUAAGGCUCUGCUCGACGAGCUCCAGACUACGACUGUUUCCGAGCUUGUCCAACUCCGCCGCAAGAUCAUGCAGAUUAUUGGGGCCGUAAACAAGGAAACCGCCUCGGUUGACGAGGGACGCGAUCAAAUUGCUGCCGUCGUACGUCAGGCGGGCAUGUCUAUCAAGGAGAGAGCUCAGGAGGUCCGUACCUGGCGUGAGAACUACGAGGCCGAGAUGCAGUCCGCUAUUACCAAUGCUGCCGAAGCCCACUUUACCAUCCUUGGCGACAUUAGAGACCUGGCCUUGCAGAAGCUCGGUAUGAAGUGGGCUUGGAUGGAUGGCGUCACUUACAAGGACUGGGCCAAGUACCAUGAGCUCAAGAGCCGUUUCGAGGACUGGAACAACGACCUCAAGAACCUCAUCGUUACUCACCCUGGUCUCGAGGCUGCUCAGAAUGAGGCGGCUGCUGUUGAGGAAGAGGCCAUGAACACUGCGGCCUCUGCUGCCAAGGAGCUUGCUCGCUUGAAGCAGGUUGCUGUUCGCAAGUUGGAAGCUGGUGACGACUCCGAUGAGUUCGAGAGCACUGUCGCUCAGCAGGCUGCUGAGCAUGUGGAGUAUGCUCAGGAUGCUGCGGCCAGUGUCGUUUCCCAGGCUAGCGAUUCUGCUAGUGCUGCUGGUGAGAAGGUUUCUGAGGUUGUUGGUGAUGGUGUCAGCCGCGCUGCUGAAGUUGUGUCUGAGGUGACUGAGGCUGUCGUUGGAGCCAAGGAUUCAGCUACUGACAAGAUGGAGGAGCUUGCGGAUGAGGACACCUCCCCCGUCGUUGAGGCCGCCUCUUCGGCUUCCGAGUCUGUCGAGAGCGCAACUGACGUUGCAAAGGAGUCUGCCACUACUGUGCUGAGCGAAGCCUCCGAGGUCGUUGUUGGGUCUUCCACCGAGACCGAGACUGUCGAGUCUGCCAGCGUUGCUUCCGAAGAGGUCGCUGAUGAUGUUGAGUCUGCAUCCGAGGCCGCUUCUAUCGUUGAGUCUCGCCCUGAUCUCGCCUCUACUGAGAUCCUCGAGGAGACCCCUGUCAUGGUCGGUAACACUACCAAGGCAGAGAAGGAGGGCCCUGCUCCCGUCGAGCUCCCCGUUGAGGAGGAAGCUGAGGAGGAGUCUGAUAUCAUCGUCUCCGAAACUCCUGAGCCUCCUGCCACCACCGUCAAGUCCGCUUGGCUCGGAGCUGCUGCUCAGUCGGUGCCUAGUCGCCAGCCCAUCAUUGACGAAGAUACCUACGACGACGUUUCUGAAGCCAUGGAGAAGAUGCGUAACGACGUCAAGUCGGUCUACUCGUCCGCCAUGUCUCGUGCCAACAACCAGUAUUCUGAAGCCCUCUCCCUCAUCUCUGCCCAGAUCCGCGGCACCCCUGAGCCGGCUCACCAGCAGAUGCUCGCAUCCGUCACCCAAGCUUACAGCAACGCCAUGGCCUCCGCUAGUGUCCGCCUCGACAAGGCCUUGAAGCUUGCCUCUAAGCAAGUGUACAAGAGCACUCCCACCGAGGCCUUCAAGAUCCUCCCCACCGCCGUUCCCGUCCCCAACAUCCCUUCCGUGGACUGGGAGCGCAUCCAAUCCAUUGCUGCCCAGCGUCUCGAGCAAGGUCGCUCUUGGGCCGAGGAGCAAUACGAGUCCGCCAAGAUCGCCGCCGGUCUGGCCACCCCUACCCCCUCCACUCCCUCUGAGCACGUCCAAAAGGCGCUCGAGAACGCCAGGCACAACUACUACGCCGGCCUCGGUGUCGCUCACGCUCGCUACUCCGAGUUCUUGGCUGCCGCUUCGUCCGCUUUCAACUCCCUGACUGCCACCCCUACUCCCACUGACUUCGUCGGCACUGCUUCGUCAGUCGCUUCCGUCGCCACCGAGUCCGCUGCCUCUGCGGCUUCUGUUGUUACUGACAACGCUGCCUACGCGGCCUCCAUCGCCUCUGAAUCCGCUGCUUCUGCUGCCUCCGCUGCUGCCGCCUCUGCUGCAUCGGUUGCUUCCGCCGUUACAGACGGUGCUGCCUCCGCUGCCUCGAUCGUCGGGGAGAACGCCUCCUCCGUCGUUUACGCCGCGGGAGACAAGGCCUCCUCUGCCGCUUCCGUCGUUUCCGAGAACGUCGCCGGUGCUGCGUCCGUUGUUUCCGAGAACGUCGCCGAUGCCGCCUCGGCAGUUUCCGAAUCCUGGGACUCCGUCCUCGCCAGGAUCAGCAUCGAAGUCUACGGUGCUCCCACCCCCACUCCCUGGUACCAAACCGUCAUCUCCGCCGCCAGCGCCGCCAGCUCCUCUGCCAUCAGCGUCGCGAACCAAUACGGCGGUGCGGCGAGUGAUGCCGCAGCUGAUAACGCUGCCUCUAUCACCAGCGCUGCUGGUGCUGGUGCUAGCGCGGCGGGCGAGUAUGCCGCUGCGGGUACGGAUGCCGCCGCGCAACAGUAUAGUGUCGUGAGUAGCAUUGUCAGUGAACUGCUCGUGGGCAAGGAGCCAACCUUCUCUGAGAGCGUGGUGAGCAGACUCAGGGGAGUCUACGCUACUUCUAUCCCCGAAGUCGUGGUGGGCGCGUAUGAGAGCGUGAGCAGCUUGGCUAGUGAGGCCAAGGAGACUGUGGUUAGUGUUGCUAGCCAGGCUUCGGAGGCUGUUGUUGGUCAUGAUGAGCUUUAAGUCAUGAGAAGAAUGAUGAAUGAUGAGGGGGUGGAAAGGUAUCAGAAGAAAGAAGAUGAGAGAGGAAAAGAGGAGAAGGAAAGAGGAGGGGAGGAAUGAGGAGGGGAAAUAUGAACAGCGGGAAUGAGCGAAAAGGAGGUUGAAGAUGGAUGAUGAUGGGAUUGAUGAUGGGAUUGAUGAGAAAAGAAGAGUUGUUCCAUUUUUUUUUGUCUUGAUAUUGUUAGCUUAUACCCCCUCACACUUGACCAUACGGUUUCAUUUCCUUGGGUUGCUUUUUCAUUUGUUAGUUUGGUAGUAUGAUGUAUGAAUGAUCAAUUGCAAUUUUAAUGUUUAUGAGCCA